ACCGCCAGAAAAGUCGAGAACGACAUCGAGGCCACUUCAACAAACUGCGUAUCCUGUUUCGCUGCCUCAGCCUCAGCCCGCGACCGGCAUACUUCUGCAGUUUCUUAGAGCUCCUCGGCGCCUAUGCUCGGUGCACUGAGGCCGCCGUUAACACCGUGGUUCACCACAAGCUGCGGUAAAGCUCUGAGUGGUUUUGCCCCGAAGGCAACUGGGCUUGCGCGACCUAUACCAUUAAGAUCCAUAGAUGUUACGCCCUCUGCGCAUCUGCUACAGCUACGACUAUCAUUCACCCUGGUGCGACGGCGUUUCGCUACUUCUGCAAUCUCCUGCAAUACCAAUAGGCCACCCGAGCCCCUCAAAACGAAGGACACACAAUUAGACAAAUCUCCGCAUGAUGAAUUUGCCAGAUCGGAAAAGGCUGAACAGGCGGCACAGAUCAAUCUGAGCGCGAAAUUGACAGAUCGGACGGAAACUACGUCACGGGCGAAUCUUGGAGAAGUACGACGACUGCUUUCUUUAGCAAAGCCAGAACUUAAACCUUUACUUCUGGCGAUACUGCUGAUGUCCAUAGCAUCGGGUGUGGCAAUGAGUAUUCCGUUUUCCAUCGGAAAAAUUAUAGAUACUGCAACAUCCGCAGACCCUUCACAACGCAUUCUGGGGCUUACGCUACCUCAGUUCUAUGGCGGUCUGGCAGGCAUCUUCGUUCUCGGCAGUGUUUGUAAUUUUGGUCGUGUUUUGUUGCUCCGCAUCGUUGGCGAGCGUGUGGUAGCAAGAACAAGGGCAAGGCUAUUUGAAAGGACACUGGCUCAGGACGGUGAGUUUUUUGACGCGAAUAGACACGGUGAUAUUAUCUCGAGAUUGAGCUCGGACACUACUAUCGUGGGAAAGGCGAUUACACAAAACGUCUCGGACGGACUCCGUGCUGUUGUCCAGGCCAGCGCUGCAUUCGGAAUGAUGGGCUAUGUUUCACUUCAGUUGACUGGAAUCAUGACUUUCAUAGUGCCUCCGAUCGCAAUCGCUGCCAUUUUCUAUGGCCGAUAUGUUCGCGAUCUGAGUAAGAAAACGCAAAAGGCGCUAGGAGACCUGACCAAGGUGUCCGAGGAACGUUUGGGCAACGUGCGUACGGCACAAUCGUUCUCCGGUGAAGUCAUGGAGGUUCGGCGCUACAAUGAGCGGAUACGAGAGAUUUUCCAGCUUGCUAAGCGUGAAGCCACCGCUAGCGGACUGUUCUUCAGCUCCAAUGGGUUAGCAGGCAAUGCUACUGUCCUGGCCGUGCUCGGCAUUGGGGGCCGGAUGGUAGCUGACGGCACGAUCACUGUGGGUGAAUUGAGCUCCUUCAUGCUUUAUACUGCGUAUGCGGGUUUCUCCAUGGUUGGCUUAUCGUCGUUCUACUCCGAACUCAUGAAAGGAGUGGGAGCUGCGUCGCGAUUGUUUGAGCUACUCGAUCGUAAGCCAUCGAUCAAAACUACGGCCGGACUGAAACUAGACCACUUGAAGGGUCAUAUUCACUUCAAGGAUGUUAAGUUUGCCUAUCCAACUCGACCAGCCGUUACGAUCUUUAACAGGUUGUCGUUUGAGAUCCUGCCGGGUCGCAACUACGCGAUCGUUGGACCCAGUGGUGGUGGAAAAUCAACCAUUAGUGCAUUGAUCCAGCGCUUCUACGACCCUCUGGAUGGCCAGAUCCUUAUCGACGAGCAUGAUAUUCGCACUCUGAAUCUCAAGCACCUGAGAAGACAGCUGAGCUUGGUAAGUCAAGAGCCAGUGUUGUUUUCCGGUACCAUAGCCGAGAAUAUCUCCUACGGCAAACCAGGAGCCAGUUUCAACGAGAUUGUUGAGGCCGCGCGGAAAGCAAACUGCAGAUUCAUUGCAGACUUCCCUGACGGUUUUGAGACAAAGGUGGGACCACGGGGUACUCAACUAUCCGGAGGUCAGAAACAACGUAUUGCUAUUGCUCGUGCUCUUAUCCGGAACCCUGCUGUGCUCAUCAUGGAUGAAGCUACCUCGGCCCUUGAUGCGCGUUCUGAAUCCUUGGUUAAUGAGGCUUUGCAAAACAUCAUGGCAGGCGACCUUACAACCAUCACGAUUGCCCAUCGUCUUGCCACCAUUCGCCGCGCGGACAGCAUCAUCGUCUUGUCGCCCAAUGGUGAUGUUGCGGAACAAGGCACCUUUGACGAGUUAAUUGCGAAGGACGGCGCAUUCGCUCGUCUUAUGGAAUUCCAGCUUGAUAAUGGUGUGGGCCAAUCUAAACGUUAAGAUAGUGUAUGAUAAUUUAGGGGAUUUGAAAUAGAAAAUGAAGGGUAUCUUAGUAGCCAGCGGCGCC